UUGAAAAUCUUUCAGGAAGUGUACAUCCGCUUUGACGCGGACGUAAACAAACGUAGCUUAGCAAUCUAAACCCCAUUGUGACCAUAGAGAGAUAGUACCGUAGUGCAAUGUGUUUCUCUGCCGCCUAGUUCAAGAACGAUCUGAUAUCCGGUAACAGGAACCGGCGUUUUGUCAGGAGCUUUAUUUGAGAAGAUCUCAACUCAACAAUGUCUACUUCAAAUUUCAAGAAUAAGUGUGUGACGCAAGUUAACUGCAUAUACUGUGACAGUCUGCUGUGCAUGAGGGGAAUGAAAGCUGUACUAUUGGCUGACACGGAAAUAGAGUUGUUCUCAACCGACAUACCACCAAACAGGACAGUUGAUUUUGUGGCGAGCUGCUAUUCCACUGAAAGCUGCAAAUGCAAAUUAAGAGACAUUGCUUGUUUGAAAUGUGGGAAUGUUGUGGGAUAUCACGUGGUGGCUCCAUGCAAGCCCUGCUUGCUGUCCUGCAACAAUGGUCAUUUCUGGAUGUUCAACAGCGAGGCUGUGUCCACCAUCAAUAGACUGGACGCAACAGGGCAGAACCUGUUGCUGUGGGGAGAUCUUCCAGAACUGGAGGGCAGCGACGACGAGAGCCUGGACAGUCUCUCAGAAGAAGAGUACCUCAGAUAGAAAUGCACACACGCAUCCAAAGGAAGUAGACUCUGACGGUAGCGAACUAAUUUCUUUCACUCACACAAGUCUCCGUUUCAAGCACUUUGUCUUGUCUUUAGCUGACUGGAACUAGGCAAAAGAGAGAAAAAAAUCUCUUUACCAUCCCAGCUUGAUUUAUGUGCAUUUUCUUUCUGCAUCCUCUCAGAUUAGUUUCAGUAUUUCAGAGUGCCACUACCAAAGAGAUGUUUCUGUUUUCUUUGCUUUACGGUUGCAGUAGCACAAAACAUGAUGAUUUGAUUUAAAGAUUUAGGAUGUCAUCCUCAUUUGUCUUUAUACAACAUUCAAAAAUGGAUCAGACUGUUUAAGGAGAUUUACAGUAGUGUUACUUUGAGGCGUUAAUACAGGUUAUUUACGGUACUGAUGCAGUUUUUGGGAUGGAUGGAUAAAUAGAUGGAUAGAUAGAUAGAUAGAUAGAAUCUUGUUAAAUAAAAUACUGGUUCCACAAGUCUAGGUGGUUUUAUGGGAGGGAAAUGACUAACAUUUACCAUGUUUUAAUGGUUUACCAGUAUAUUUGUCCAUUUCAAUCAAGUGUCACAUAAAGUCCCCCUGAAGUUUGAUAUCAAUUGGUAAAUUUAUUCUAAACAAGGCUCGUCCCUGCAUAAUGUUGUCUUUCAUCUGAUUCUAUUCCGUAUUUAGAUUUUGCUCUUUUCACGGCUUUGACAUUUGAAGUGGCACAAAACGAUCGGGCAGCUUUGAGUAGAGUAGGUCUCAGCUCAGUGACAUCCGGCAUUUCAACAACUUUAAUUUAACAUUAUGGUACUUUGCUUGGCACACCCCUUUCAAUUAAUGCUGAUUCAUUAAAUAGUAGAUAAACAUUUUGUACUUUCUGCACUCCGGUUACGUUUCACUGUUUGUCACCAGGGAAAUCAUGAAAAACUACAGAAAUGAGUCCGCACUAGAUUACUGUAAAUUCUGCAUGACACUGUGUGACAAACUGGACAAAGCAUUUUUAGGCUUUCAGAUUUUUUUCCUUUUUUACAGUGGAGGUAGCAAAAUGAUUUGCGUCCUCUUCCAUUUCUGAAGACAUGAUGGAGUCAUUCAGUAGCUGUUUACCAUUUCACUGUGUAAUGCUAUGGUUUUCACAGAUCAUUUUUAAAUAGAAAAAAAGCGGCUAUUAUGCCCCGCUGUAAACGUCUUAACGCAACAUUUUACGUCAUGCUGUAUUGAAGGUUGCAUUUUCAGUAAAAAUAACAGCAGCAAGAGUAAACAACCACUAUUGUGAUAGCUUUCAGGUGUAGCAUUUUUAGCGGUUGGCUCUUUUAUGCCUUGAAGCGAUCUUUAGUAUGCAUCUAUGACCAAAAUAAAAUGACGAAAAAUAUGUUUUGCAUUUUAACUUAUUAACAGAGGAUUUAUUUGAUUUAUCUAUGUUUUGAAUGUAUUUAUUAACAGACAUGAUACUGUAUUUAUACUGACGUGAUUUCAUUGGCGACGUGAGGAUAAGAAAAAAACAUUUGUAUACUUUUGAUCUGCACUGACAACAUGUUGUUGGUUUAAACUUUGGGUUAUUUUGUAUGCUGAAUGUCUUGAUAUUAAAUUUUUAAUGUGGA